AUGUCGCGCUUUGAAACCGAAAGCCAGAUGUCGUCCGCGGCGUCGACCAUCACCCCGUCGCUCACCGAGAUGGGCUCCUCGAUCGCGUCCCUCGACUCGUCGAUGCCCACCUCGCCCGAACCCUCGAUCCUCGGUGACGCUCACCCCAAGCCCGCCUACCUCGACCACAAGGAUCGCCGCGGCCCCAACGGCUACCGCUUCGCCACCCAGUGCGCCACCGUCGACGACCCCAACCACAAGGACCAGUACGGCUCCUCGUCGGCCCCCAUCUACAUGUCGGCCACCUUCAAGGGCCUCCCCGGCGCCGAGUUCGACUACAGCCGCUCCGGCAACCCCACCCGCUCCAUGCUCCAGCACCACCUCUGCCAGCUCCAGAACUGCAAGUACAGCUUCGCCGUCAGCAGCGGCAUGGCCUGCCUCGACGUCAUCACCCGCAUGGUAAAGUCGGGCGAGCGCAUCAUUGCCGGAGACGACCUCUACGGCGGCACCAACCGCCUGCUCGGCUACCUCGCCUCCCACCAAAACAUCCACACCGACCACGUCGACACCACCGACGCCGCCAAGGUCGAGGAGGCGCUCGAGAAGCGCGCACGCGACGCCCAGCUCGGCCUCUGCGGCAAGGUCAAAAUGCUCCUCCUCGAGACGCCCACCAACCCCUGCCUCAAGAUCUGCGACCUGGAACGCUGCGCGCGCGCCGCCAAAAAGUGGGCGCCGGAUGCCAUCGUCGUCGUCGACAACACUAUGAUGUCGCCCUACCUCAUGCGGCCCCUCGAGCUCGGCGUUGACGUCGUCUACGACUCGGGCACCAAGUACCUCAGCGGACACCACGACCUCAUGGCCGGCGUCAUUGCGUGCGACCGCGACGACCUGGGCAAGCAGCUCGCCUUUACCAUCAACUCGAUCGGCAACGCCCUCACACCCAUGGACUCGUUCCUGCUGCUCCGCGGCAUCAAGACGCUUGCCGUCCGCAUGGACCGCCAGCAGGCCUCGGCCAUCACCGUCGCCAACUACCUCGACUCGCUCGGCUUCAAGGUAAACUACCCGGGCCUUGCAACCCACCCGUCCAAGGCCGUCCACGACAAGCAGGCCGCCGGUCCCGGAUCGGUCCUCAGCUUCUCGACGGGCGACAAGGCGCUCAGCGAGCGCAUCGUCGGCGCCACCCGGCUCUGGGGCAUCAGCGUCUCGUUUGGCUGCGUCAACUCCCUCAUCAGCAUGCCCUGCCUCAUGUCGCACGCCUCCAUCGACCCAAAGACGCGCGCCGAGCGCGGAAUGCCCGAGGACCUCAUCCGCCUCUGCGUGGGCAUCGAGGACCAGCGCGACCUGCUCGAGGACCUCGAGAGCGCGCUCCUCGAGGCCGGCGCCAUCCGACGGAAGUCGUCGUCGUCGUCGUCGUCAGCAGCGAACGCACACAACAACCUCAACUCGGACAGCGAAGCACCAGAGUCGAGCAGCAGCAGCAGCGUCUACCAUUCCCGCGUCGGAUCGCCGGUCAACAACGGCUACGAACGCGUUCCGCCACAGACGGCGUCGUCGUCGGGGGGCGCCGACGAGAAGGUGGCCGCACUCGUUGCCGGCAUGGACAGAGCCAAGAUGGAGACGCGCGGCGGUGAGGGGGAAACCGGCGGCGGCGGCGGCCACCCGCCGCCUCCCUCGUCGCUGCUGGUCAGCGCGCCCGGCAAGGUCAUCCUGUUUGGCGAGCACGCCGUCGUCCACGGCGUCAAGGCUAUCGCCGCCUCGGUGGCGCUGCGGUGCUACGCCAGCGUGACGCCUCGCGAGGACGGCAAGAUCAGCCUCAACCUCCCCGACCUCGGCGUCGAGCACGUCUGGGCCAUCGACGAGCUGCCCUGGCACGCCGUCCCCGCCUCGCUGGCCCAGCAGCCGCAGCAGCAGCAGGGCGGCCUGAGCUCGCCGACGUCGCUCGACGCCGGCCUGCUGACCGCCAUCGAGAAGAACGUUGGCGAGGUGGUCAACGAGAGCGAGCGCAGCCACGCCGCCAGCGUCGCCUUCCUCUACCUGUAUCUCUGCAUCGCCGGCCAGCGUGACGCCCGGGGCCAGGCGUUUGUGCUGCGUUCCGCCCUGCCCAUCGGCGCCGGCCUGGGUUCCAGCGCCGCCCUAUCGAGCUGCCUGGCGUCGGCCCUCAUCUACCUCUACGGCCGCCUGCCCGCGCCCGCCGCCGGCGCCGCCUCGGUCCCCGCCGACCACGCUGCGCUCAUCAAUGCCUGGGCUUUCAUCUCCGAGAAGGUGUGCCACGGCAACCCGUCGGGCGUCGACAACGCCGUCUCGGUCCACGGUGGCGCCAUCGCCUUUACGCGCGCCCACCCGUCCAACAGCCUCGCGGCCAACCAGAUGGCCAAGCUCUCUGGCUUCGACUCGAUCCGCUUCCUCCUCAUUGACACGGGCGUCGGGCGCGACACCAAGAGCCUCGUGGCCAGCGUCGCCGCGCAGAAGGACGCCGAGCCCAACCGCGUGGCCUCGGCGCUCGCCGCCAUCCAGAGCAUCGCCGACAGCGCGCAGCACCUGCUCACCGACGCCUCGACGCCGCGCGAGGCCGUCCUCGAGGGCCUGGCCCGGCUCAUUCGGCAGAACCACGACGAGCUCGUCGGCCUCAAGGUGUCGCACCCCUCGCUCGAGGCGAUCCGCACAAAGACGGGCAUGGAGCCGCUGCGCCUGUCGACCAAGCUGACGGGAGCCGGCGGCGGAGGGUGCGCCGUCACGCUGCUGCCGGACGGCGUCGACGAGGCCGAGCUGCGCCGCCUGAUGGCCGACCUCGAGAGGGACGGCUACCGGUGCUAUGAGACUCGCGUCGGAGGCGGCGGCGUCGGCGUGCUGGUGCCGCAGGCCAUGCAGGCGGGCGCCGGCGCUAGUGCGCAGGACAAGAUCGAGGACGGCAACGCCGACGUUCCCGUGCGCGUCCGCUUCGAGGAGGCCCAGAGCGCCGAUCUCGCCGCGUGGGCCGACCACGCAGGCAAGUGGGCAUACGCAUGA